UUGAAAUAAUUCCUUUGUGUAAAAUAGCUUCUCCAGAGGGGAAGAUUCUACGGAAUCUAGAAAGAACAAAAACUUUGCCUAUGCAGUGCCACAAGUGUCUAAAACAAGUUACUGCAGUGGGGCUCAUGUUAAUACUGGUUUUCUUAUUUGAAGAAAAUUUUAUGUAUACAGUCAAUUUUGUAACAACCAAAAUCUGAGUUGUGAGUGAGCAAAUAGUUUCUUUAAAGAAAUGCAAAUAUAAUAACUUUGCAGUUUGUCAAGAGAGAAUUCAGCACAUCAUCUUAUGAUCACCGGGUACCCUUAUUUCAACAUUAAAAUAUGAAGUACUCUUUCUCAUCAGAAGUCUCUUUUUCUAUCCUUCAGUAUUUGCAAACGAUGUAUUCGAAAGAUGGAUCACCACUGCCCAUGGGUGAAUAAUUGUGUGGGGGAGAAAAAUCAGAGAUUUUUUGUUCUGUUUACGAUGUAUAUAGCCCUAAUUUCAGCUCAUGCGCUCAUACUGUGUGGGUUUCAGUUUUUCUCCUGUGUCCAAGGGCAGUGGACUGAAUGCAGUGACUUCUCCCCACCUGUAACUGUGAUCCUGAUGAUCAUCUUGUUCCUUGAGGGUUUUCUGUUUCUCACUUUCACUGCAGUCAUGUUUGGCACCCAAAUCCAGUCAAUAUGCAAUGAUGAAACGGAGAUUGAAAGACUGAAGAGUGAAAAGCCAACGUGGGAGCGGAGACUACGUUGGGAAGGAAUGAAAUCUGUUUUUGGGGGUCAGCCUUCACUCCUGUGGAUCAACCCUUUUGCAGGAUUUCAAAUCAGGCGACUUCUACAGAGAGCAAAGAAAGGAGGACCCGAGUUUUCUGUUUGAGUCUAAUUAUGCUGGAACUUACAAGAAUACUAUAUAAUAUUUAUUUGGGGGGCAGAGAAGGCUGUCUACAUAUAAUCUGUGACCAGGUGAAACUGAUAUCAGACAUUUGCUUGUAGCAAGCAGUUUUAUACAUUUAUAAUCACAGACAUCUCAUUAACUUUCAGAGAUGUGAACUGGAUCUGUAACAAUCUUAACAGCAAGAUAACAAAGGAAUGCACAUGGUCACACUAAAGAAGACAAAUGUUGUCAUGCUACUGUAAUUUAUUUUGAGAUUAAUUAUCCAUUUUUGUUAAACCCUUUUGAUUUGAUAAAUGUUUGGAGAAUUACCUGUGUAUUUUUAUAAAAAGUAUACACUUGGGUGCAGUUGUCAAUCAUAAGGAGGAGUAUUAUGGUGAAAGUUGUUCUUCAAUGUUUCAGGUUCGUAGGAUUCCCUUGUACAAAGACUGGACACCAAACACAAUAUAAAUAAUUAAAUGCUCUAGUCUAUUUAUUGAUAUAUUAAUGUGAAACAAUUAUAUAUAUUAAUGCGAAGCAGGGUGCAUGCAUACUGACCCCUGGUUGAAUGGGAUACCACCGAGCAGCAGGAGACUGAACAUGUUGCCCGGUUGGAGGGGUGGAAGGCAGUGCAUUGUCAAGGCAUCCCCCCAGUAAAGAUGCAUAUCUGGCCUUCUCACCCGUCCAUCCCUGCACAGGUCCUCAUAUCCCUCCUUGGCUGGAGUGGAAAAUUACCAGUUGCAACAUCAGCGCACACGUGGCCAGCGUGUGAACAGAUGUUUACUGGUAUGACUUCUUUUUGCUAACAGCAAUGGUAUCUCCCCUAUAUUCAAGGUUAUGCUCUCACAACCCAUGCCAAACAGUACUUUUCUAUUUUUGUGUGUUUCACCAUGGACUAUUAUCUAUUGUCACUGACACAAUGAGACCUAGUUUUCAGGGAAUAGUGGUUUGUUCAGUUUUAAUUUAUAUUUCAGCUUGUCCUAAUAAACAGAGCUGUAUUCUUGUGUCCCACUUUAAGCACACAUUCCUCAUAUGCAAGUAAUUCUAAAGACUGGUGCACACAACAGCAUAACACAUCAGAGGCACUGUUACACGCCUGCCAAAUGUCUUCUCAGGCUCACAAAAGCAUGUCUUGUGUUUGACAGUAUUAAUCUCAUGGCAUUUGGGUAAUUUCUGAAUCUUCAGUAAACACUACUUUUGACGAACGGCUGUGGUCCAAAUUCUGCCCUCAGAUAUGCAUCUCCAGUUCUUAAUGCAUUGACUCUAGAGGAGCUUAAGUGUAGAUUUUUGGGGAUUGUGUCUAAUCCUCUGCAGGGAUGAGUGGGACCAAUGACUAUAUCCUCCUGUGUGAGAUUAAAAUGAAUGCACUACAGAUUGGAGUUAAUUAAUGGAAAACAGUCAUCUUUGUAAGUUCUUGCUCAGCCCCUUUUUUAUUGUACAGACUUCAUAGAAGGAAAGCUGUUAAGUUAAUGAUACCUUAAACACAGACAUCAGAGGAAUGAAGGAGGUUGCCUCUUUCUCAAGUACAGCAGAUCUUAAGUGUAGAAAGAUCUGCAGUAGAAGGAACUAUUGAGAAUUUAACUGUUUUCCAACUAAAACUACUUGGAAGAAAUGAGCUUUACGUGGGCCUGCCGAACAACAGCAAUGCGAAGAAAUGUUUAUAAAUUUUCAAGUAAUGAAA